CCUCUACAGACUCCGCCUUUUCCUGUCACAACAUGGCGGCUGUGAGGAGACACAAACACGUGGCUGCGUCUCAGCCUGGAUUUUUACCCCUAAAGUCGGACACGGGUAAAGACGGAGGGGCAAAACUCGGGCGUCGGAAACGUGUCAGCAAGAACAAGAAAAAGAACUGGAACAAAUACAGCGACGUUCAGGAUGUGGAGGAGUUUUUAGAGGACGUGAGACUCCAGGAGAGAGCGACAGGAGGGCUGAUCGCAGACAAACCAGACGAAGGUCUUUUCUUUGUGGACACGGGAGAGAAAACAAACACCACAAAUCCAGAAGCUGUAAGAAAAGUUAAACGCUCGAAGCCUCUGCAUAUAGAUCUGAUCCUGCAGCCGGAUUCCCAUGUUCCAGCACCUAAAGAUAUCUUGGCGUAUCAGUGUCCCAAUGCCAAGAAGCUGCGGCGCGUGGCCGAGAGGGCCGAGAAACUGGCCACCAUGGGCGUGCUGCCACGCAGAGAGAAGCUCCUGCAGCUACGCAAGACCUCUAAAAGCAGCAUUAAAGAGAAACCUGAACACCCCAAAGAUCCAGCGAGGAGCUUCUACGAUCUGUGGAGUGCAGACAACCCUGACACUGCAGAUCCAUACUACAUGGAGCAGACCAAGAAGAAGCUGGUGAAGAGACCAGAGAAGCUGAAUACGAAGCCCUCCAUCCUGCCUGCUGUGGAAGUCAUUGCCCCUGGAGGCUCAUACAAUCCUGAUUUUCUCUCUCACCAGACGCUGCUGCUGGAGGCUCAUGAGGCUGAGGUGAAAAAGGUGAAGGCUGAAGAGAAGCUGGAAAAGCGGCUGGCAAUAAAUAGGAUGGACGUCGCUACUGAGGAGAGCACCUUUAAAGAACAGGUCGAAGGGUUAAUCGAGGAAGACGAAGGGGACGAAACGAUAGAAAUUGCACAAACGACGGAGGAUUCCAUAGAUGCGGCCGUCGGGCCGACAGCACAGCGGGAGAAAAAAACCGAGAGACAAAGAAAGAGGGAGAAAGCAGAGAGAAUAAAGGAGCUGAAGAGGGCGCUGGACAAGAAGAAGCUCCAGAGCAGACAACAGCUGUUCCAGCUGCGCUCCAUCGGUGCAGACCUGAAGCACAGGGAGCUGAGGACCAGGAUGAGGCAGACGAAGAGGAAAGCAAAGCAGGAGGCUCAGAAAUCACUGCCACGUCGUCUGGGCAAGCUGAAGUUCCAGGAUCCCGAUCUUGAGGUGCAGUUAAGUGACGAACUCGCCGGAUCUCUCCGCACGCUGAAGCCAGAGGGCAGCGUGUUAAAAGAUCGCUUUAAGAGCUUACAGAAGAGGAACCUGAUCGAACCCAGAGAAAGGGCCAAGUUCAAGAGGAAACACAAGGUGAAGUAUGUAGAGAAACGAGCUUUCAGAGAAAUCCAGUGACCGCAGAGCCGCUUCCUUUCUGCUGUCUGUGCUGUCGGUCGUCCGGUCGUGACGCUCGAUGCCGUCCGGCGCGUCCGAUCAUCUACACCACCACCACCACCACCACCCCAGUGUGAUGAGACGACCUUCAGCAUGAGCUGAUCAGUGAUGAGCUCUCGUUCCUCCUGAGACGAUGUGGUUCUGUGCUCUAAAGAAAUAUCUCACUUUCUCCUCCUCAUGCACCGACUGGAAACAGACUUUUUCAGUGGAAGCUGCAGAUUUUCUCAGCAAUACGUCGGACUCAAAGUCCAUCACGUGGAUUAAUACGGAUAAUAAAGUAAUACUUGAUGCUGUACAUCAGA